AUGAGCCGAUUAUGGAUCGCCGAUGAAAUUGAAGAGAUAUUGGCUAAUUAUUUGGGUACUAAAGCAACAAGAUGUAUACUAGUCCACGCCGAGAAACUCAAUCCGCAUAUUGUUCUAAAAGGUCUUGGAAAGAUGAAAAAACUUAGACUUCUUGCCGUGGAUCUUGGAUAUCGUUCCCCAUUUCAAGCAAAUAAUCUUGUUUCACUUGAGAUGACUAACAGUCAAAUCAUACAACUUUGGGAAGCGGGAGAAAACAAGGUUCUUAACAAGCUUAGAUUCCUUAACCUGAGUUGGUUAAAGUUGAGUACCCUUGACCUUAGGUUUAAUCCAAAUCUUGAGACGUUGAAUCUUGGAGGAUGCUCUAAUUUGGUAGAACUUCACAUGCCUGUUGGAUGUUUGAAGCUCAUAUCUGUCGACAUCUCACAUUCAAGGUUGAGGACUCUUGACCUUGGGCUAGCUCCGAAUCUCACAAAGUUGAUUCUUGAUCGAUGUCGUAAUUUGGUAGAACUUCACAUGCCCCGUAGAUGUCCAAAUCUCAAGUCCCUACAACUCACUCAUUCAAAAUUGAGGACCCUUGACAGUGGGCAGACUUCGGUUCUCGAGAAUUUAGAUCUUGAAGAUUGUUAUUAUUUGGAAGAACUUCACAUGUCUGAUCAAUGUCAAAAUCUCAAAAACCUCAACAUUUGUCAUCCAAAGUUGAGGACUCUUAACCUUGGGCUGAGUCCAAAUCUUAGGACAUUAUAUCUUCAAGAAUGUUGUAAUUUGGUGGAACUUCACAUGCUUGAUAGAUGUCUAUAUCUCACGUCCCUACAACUUGCUAAUUCAAAGUUGAGGACUCUUGACAUUGGCCUUACUCCAAAUCUCAAGACAUUAGAUCUUAGAAACUGUUAUGAUUUGGAAGAACUUCACAUGUCCGUUGGAUGUUUAAAGCUCACAUCCGUUGACCUCACACAUUCAAGGUUGAGGACUCUUGACCUUGGGUUGGCUCUGAAUCUUGAGAUAUUGAUUAUUGAUCAAUGUCCUGAUUUGGUAGAACUUCAAAUGCCUAAUAGAUGUAUAAAUCUCAUAUCCCUACAAAUCACCAAUUCAAAAUUGAGGACCCUUGACAUUGAGCUGACUCCUAAUCUCAAGAAUUUAGAUCUUGAAAAUUCUUAUUAUUUGGAAGAAUUUCACAUGGACGAUGAAUGUCAAAAGUUGGCAAACCUCAACCUUACUCAUUCAAAGUUGAGGACCCUUAACCUUGGGCUGACUCCAAAUCUCAAGAACUUAUAUCUUGCACAAUGUUGUAAUUUGGUAGAACUGAUCACUCCUCUUAGAUGUCUAAAAGAGAUUUCCCACUUGUACGUAAGCGGUGGUUUGGGCUUUAGAGCUCUUAUGUUUCAGGCAAAGGGUUAUAGAUCUUGUAGUCCUUUAGCUGAGUUACAUCUGAUUGAGGUGUCCCUAGAAAGCUGCCCACUUCAUCCCGACAAUAGCUUGUCACUUACUAGAAAUUUUGAGAUGCUUAUUUAUUUUUAUAGAGAAGAUCAGCUCUCACUGGCUAGAAAUGUUGAGAUGCUUAUUUCUCUAGUCAAGUGUGCUUGCACAAGCCUUGAGAAGAUUUCAGGAAGCAUUUGUGGGUUACGACGUUUAAGAAAGCUUAAAAUGGAAGGAAGUUUUGUGGAGGUGCCCAAGGACCUUGACAGGUUGGAAUGUCUCGAGGAGAUAAUAUUGUUGUCUACAAAGAUAAACCAUCUUCCAGACGGCAUUUGUAUGUUGAAACAUCUGAAAUCUCUCGAACUCAACUCAUGUUCUUUUCUUGAGAAGUUACCUAAGGAUCUUGGUCGGUUAGAAUGUUUAGAAAAGCGCACUUUGUAUUUUACAAUCAUUAAACAUCUUCCAGAUAGCAUUUGUAUGUUGAAACAUCUGAAGUCUCUCGAACUUAACGCUUGUUUUCAUCUUGAAAAGUUACCGGAGGAUCUUGGCCGAUUAGAAUGUUUAGAGAAGCUCACUUUGUAUUCUACAACCAUUAAACAUCUUCCAGAUAGCAUUUGUAUGUUGAAACAUCUAAAGUCUCUCGAACUUAACUCAUGUUUUCUUCUUGAGAAGUUACCUAAGGAUCUUGGCCUAUUAGAAUGUUUAGAGAAGUUCACUUUGUAUUCUGCAACCAUUAAACUUCUUCCGGAUAGUAUUUGUAUGUUGAAACAUCUAAAGUCUCUUGAACUUAACUCCUGUUUUUUUCUUGAGAAGUUACCCAAGGAUCUUGGCCAAUUAGAAUAUUUAGAGAAGUUAAAAGUAAUGAAGUGUGAACGUUUACAAGAAGUCCCGAAUAGCAUUGGUGAGAUGAAAUAUCUAAAACAUAUCAAUCUUGCCAAUUGUAUUCGAAUUGAGAAGUUGCCAGAGGCACUUGGAUGUAUAAAGUGCUUAAAAGAGUUAGAUAUAGAAGGUACAAGCAUAAGUCAUAUUCCGCAGAGCAUUCUCUUGUUGAAAGGUCUACUUAUUAUUGGGUCCAAAGGGGUUCUUGAGUCACAUGGCUUUACAUCCGAGAUGCAAACCCCAGGAAAUGGAACAUCAUAG